ACUUCGCUUGCCACACUAGGCCAAGGAAUAAGGAAUGGCGGGAUCUUCGCGUUCGCGUUCUGACUUGUUUUGCAGAUUGUACUAGCGGUGAAUUCUACAACAUUGUUCAGCAGAGCGUUCAUAUUAUCCUGAAUAUCGGGAAAAAUCGGCACACUCUACCCGGCAGCCGAUCUUCGUCGUCUGCGCCACGUUCCCUGGGACUCUGGACAAAGCGCCAAGAUGACGGACGUCCAAGAAAGAGACGUCGUGGACUACGACCAGGCAGAGAACUUCGGGCCGCUGAAAAUACAGAAACUCGAGGGCAAUGGUAUCGGGGCAGCAGACAUCCGCAAGCUCGAAGAGGCAGGCUUCCACACCGUCGAGGCCGUGGCGUACGCGCCCAAGAAGCAGCUGCUCACUAUCAAGGGCAUCAGCGAAGCCAAGGCCGACAAGCUGUUGGCUGAGGCGGCCAAGAUGGUGCCCCUCGGCUUCACCACGGCCACCGAGAUCCACCAGAAGCGCUCGGACAUCGUCCAAAUCACCACGGGCUCUAAGGAGUUGGACAAGUUGCUCGGUGGCGGCAUCGAGACCGGCUCUAUCACCGAGGUGUUCGGCGAGUUCCGCACGGGAAAGACCCAGCUGUGCCACAUGCUGGCCGUCACCUGCCAACUGCCCAUCGAGCACAGCGGUGGCGAGGGCAAGUGCCUCUACAUCGACACCGAGGGCACUUUCCGGCCCGAACGCUUGCUCGCCGUGGCCGACAAGUAUGGCCUGUCGGGGCCUGACGUGCUGGACAAUGUGGCGUACGCACGCGCGUACAACUCAGACCACCAGACGCAGCUGCUCAUUCAGGCAUCGGCCAUGAUGGCAGAGACCCGGUACGCACUGCUCAUAGUUGACUCGGCCACGGCGCUGUACCGCACCGACUACUCUGGCCGAGGUGAGCUGAGUGCACGGCAGAUGCAUCUGGCACGGUUUCUGCGGAUGCUGCUCAGGCUGGCCGACGAGUUUGGCGUUGCGGUGCUCAUCACCAACCAAGUAGUUGCUCAGGUGGACGGAGCCGCCAUGUUUUCUGCCGACCCCAAGAAGCCUAUCGGUGGAAACAUUAUGGCACAUGCUUCUACAACGAGGCUUUACCUGCGCAAGGGACGCGGGGAGACCCGCAUCUGCAAAAUCUACGACUCGCCGUGCCUACCCGAGGCUGAAGCUAUGUUUGCCAUCACACCCCAGGGCAUAUCCGACGUCAAGGACUGACACCUUCUAGUCAAGUAGACGCUGCACGUACAGCAGGACACUGCCACUAACAUUGGUGAGAUGUGACGCACACGUGACUGGCUCGGCACAUUACUGCAUUGAACUGGGCAUUGAAGCUCGUUGGUUGGAGGACAGUGUCAACCAAAGAAAUCUCUCUACGCUGGGACUAAAGUCAUCGAGUCUCAUGGUGCAGCUUCAGAAUGUACACGUACUGACUAAACAAUGUCGUUUCGCAUCCCUUU